UGAGGUGGCUUCAAUACGAGGAGGCGUCGACUAGAUAUCUGCAAUAGUAGAUAUCAGUUAAUUCCAUACAGGGGUGCCGAGCAGUGAGACUAUGGCUGCUGACGCCGACGUCGUGUUAUAAAAGCAGAGAAUGCACUCUGAAUAUCUCAAGAACAUCAUAUCAAACAAUCCAUUCACCAUGGCUUCACUCACUUCCACAGAGCUUACCGAAAUAAACAAUCUUCCCAUCGACGAAGAAUGGAAAGUCUUACUUCAGGAACUGCUGACCAAAGGUGUUAAAGUCAGCCUGAACGAUGUCAAGCGCAUUUGGCAACUGGCCAUGAACCGCAUCAGUUACAUCGAGGACCUCGAGUCUCGCAUACUUUGGGUUGAGACCGGAAACGAGCGAGCAGGGCUGGCACAUAUCCUCAAGAGACAUCUUGGUGAAUUCGAAGAAUACGAUUCCGACAAGUUGCUGGAACUUGCUGAAGCAUCAACCUCGGUCGGUCUGCCCAUGGGGAUUCAGGGGAAGAUAGGGAGAAGCCGUCCUAUAUUUGCUCUGUUCUUCUAUGGAAAACCACUGGGUAUCGCUGUUCAGGUGGGAAGCAACGGCUUUGUGGUUUCGAUGAACAAGAAGAGUCUGGAUGAGCUGGCGAGAAAGAACCCGCAGCAUGGUGAUGUCAACCAGCUUAAAGCGCUGCUGCAGGAGUCUCACAGCUGGCCGACUUCCUAGCUUGAAUAUAUGGACUAUUUGUUAUGUAUUUACAAGAGCUAUGCGCUGGUUAUUUAUAUAUAUAUCAAUUCAAACACGGUCUAUAUACGGAACGGUACGAAAGGAGUGGAGGAAUGUACAUUCUGCUCGACUGAUGUGGUGAGGUGGAACUCGGCCUCUCACGGCAAGUUAUAUACAUGGCUGUAUAAACUACAAUUCUCUACCACCAAGGCGUGGAUGGAGUAGGAUAAGUACCAGUCACAGUCUCAGCACUGCACU